AUGGCAGACACUAUGCAGGCAGUUGUUUUUCAUGGCAAGGGCGAUAUUAGAAUCGAGGAAGUCAAUGUCCCAAAACCUGGUCCCAAAGAAGUUCAGCUGAAACCGGCAUUUGUUGGAAUCUGCGGAACAGAUCUUCACGAAUAUCUUGAGGGUGCUUACCUGAUUCCUACAACACCUCACCCUGUGACUGGCAAAAGUGCCCCUGUCAUCAUUGGCCAUGAGUAUAGUGGUGUUGUUUCAGACGUCGGUGACGAGAUUGAUGACCUCAAGCCAGGCGACAGGGUAGUCGUCCAGCCAAUCAUCUUUGACGGAACUUGCAAUUCAUGCCAGAGGGGUCUGAUCAACUGUUGCACCAAUUCUGGAUUCAUCGGCCUCAGCGGAAUUGGCGGAGGGUUGGCCACGUACACAACUGUUCCACGGUAUUCGGUCUUCAAGAUUCCUGAUAAUAUACCCCUGAAAGUUGCCGCUCUGGUCGAACCCUUGGCGGUGGCCUGGAACGCCGUGCAGCAGAGCGACUUUAAACCUGGCGACACGGCCCUCAUCCUCGGCGCUGGACCCAUUGGGCUAGCCAUUCUCCAAGUUCUCAAGAGCAAGGGCGCAAGUCAGACUAUUAUCACCGAGAUGGCAGACAAACGACGAGACUUUGCAACCAAGUUCGGAGCCAUCACGGUCUUGGACCCCACAAUGACGAAUGUAGGUGAAGAGUGCAAGAAGCUUUGCGCAGGAGAAGGCGUCCAAGUGGUCUUUGACUGCGCAGGCGUGCAGAGCACUCUGGAGACUGCGCUUGCUGCGUCUAGACCCCGAGCUGUCAUCGUGAAUGUGGCAAUCUGGGCAACCGAGGUGACCAUAUCGCCCAACUAUUUUAUGCUGAAUGAGAGAACUUUCAAAGGCUCGGCGACAUAUACGGCAUCGGUUUUCCAGGAGGUCAUCGAUGCUCUUGCGCGUGGUGAUCUGAACCCGGAGCCAAUGAUAACUAGCUUGAUUGACAUGGAGGAAAUUGAAGAAAAGGGUUUUAAGGCGCUGAUUAACUACAAGGACACCCAGGUCAAGAUAUUGCCUAAAUUCUCAUGUUAUGGAUCGCAGUGA